AUGCCGGUGCAGCAGCCACGAGCGUCGGUACUGUUGGUGCAGAGCGCACGGGGCUCACGUUUGCUGGCUCGCUACUAUGACGAGGAACGCUUUACAGACGAGCGCUCCAAAAAGCACUUUGAAGAGCAGCUGCAUCAGCUCUGGCGAAGCGCUGGCAGCUCCGAAGCCGCUGCAGACAGCUACUGGACGGCCGGGCUGGACCCCGGUACCUUCGCGGCAGUGGGCUCUGCGGCGGGUCUGCUGGGUGAUAACGACGUGCUCGUGAGCGAUAACUUUGUCAUACUCUACCGCAGUGGCGUUGACGUUUGUUUCUUAUUGGUCGUGUCACUUGCGGAGAACGAGAUAGUCUUUUCGCAGGUGCUGAGCUGUCUAACAAACGCUCUGGGAGCGCUGAUCGGAGAGCUCAGUGAGCUGCAAAUUCUCCGCAACUAUGAAACGCUGCUACUAGUUGUAGACGAGGUUCUAGACGACUCUGGUGCGAUUCUGGAAGUUGACCCAACGGAAGUGCGAGAGCGGAUCGCACCAGUGCUGCCACGGGUGUUGAACCUCAGCGAGCAGGGUUUCGCCGAAGCCUUAAAUUAUGCGAAAACAACGCUCACUCGCAGACUGCUCAAGUGA